UUUGUAAAUGGCGAUCUACAUGUACACGUUUUUGUCUGUUUGUCUGUCUCAAAAAGUCACUCUUCAGCUGCUUGUUGCCACUGCAAAUUUUGGCUCUCUUCAGCUCUCUUCUCUCAACCAUGAGUAUGAGCAGAAAGAUUAGUAUGGGAAUCGAUGGAUUUGGAAGGUUCAGUCGCUUUGUUCUAAGAGGCAUUCGUCAAAAGGAUAACUCAAAGCUUGUAGCCACUGAUUUUAAGACUUCUCAAGCGUUGCCCAUCCUUGUUUCAGAGCAGGAGCAAGAUAGACUUGGAUCUGCUGGUCUAAAAUCUUUAAGACUGCUUGCAUUCCUUGGGGCAGGUGUUUCAGGACUUUUGAGUUGUGCAACGGUGGCUUACUCUUCUGAUGAGGCAGAGCAUGGGUUGGAGUGUCCUAGCUAUCCAUGGCCUCACAGGGGCAUCCUUAGUUCAUAUGAUCAUGCUUCAAUUCGUAGGGGUCACCAGGUCUACCAGCAAGUAUGUGCGUCUUGCCACUCAAUGUCUCUAAUUUCAUAUCGUGAUCUUGUGGGUGUGGCAUACACUGAAGAGGAGACAAAGGCUAUGGCAGCGGAAGUUGAGGUGGUUGAUGGCCCUAAUGAUGAAGGGGAGAUGUUCACUCGCCCUGGCAAGCUAAGUGAUCGCUUUCCUCAGCCAUAUCCUAAUGAACAAGCGGCAAGAUUUGCUAAUGGGGGUGCAUAUCCUCCCGAUCUAAGUCUAAUAACAAAGGCCCGCCAUAACGGUCAGAAUUAUGUAUUUGCUCUUUUAACCGGUUAUCGUGAUCCUCCUGCCGGCGUCUCGAUGCGAGAAGGGUUGCAAUAUAAUCCUUAUUUUCCCGGUGGAGCUAUUGCUAUGCCCAAAAUGCUCAAUGAUGGUGCAAUUGAAUAUGAAGACGGUACCCCUGCAACAGAAGCACAGAUGGGAAAAGAUGUAGUCUCUUUCUUGUCCUGGGCUGCUGAACCAGAAAUGGAAGAGAGAAAGCUGAUGGGUUUUAAGUGGAUUUUUGUGCUAUCGCUCGCACUUCUCCAAGCGGCAUACUACCGUCGCCUUAAAUGGUCUAUUUUUAAGUCUCGAAAGCUGGUUCUCGAUGUAGUCAAUUGAGUGAGAGGAAAUGUGAUUUCAGUAUGUUUCAAUCGCUAUGUAUAUUAUGGUACCUCAUUUAUGAUAGAAUUGUGGUGACAAAUAAAAACAGAACUCCACUUAGCACUUAUUUUUUCUCGAGAAGAAUGAUAAAAACCAUGAUAGAGGUGUGCUAUUUCAGACCCUUUUAGUGUUUCCGAGUUCUCAUGCCCCUUAUUAUUAUCAAUUGUAACAUGUAAUUGGUCAUUGUUGUUUUAAUAAAGAUUGUUUUGAAUAGGUAUUAGCAUCGA